CGAUAAUCGUCUGCUCGUUCGUUUCCUGUCACGAAAAUGACGCGUGUGAUGCGCGUACAUUCAUCAUUCGUUCCAUUCGUAGAAAUGUCAAACAUACGAGUGAGAUUUUAAUCGCGGCUCCAAUUCUAUCUCUCUGUAUUGAUUUUGCACAUCGAUAAAUGUAUAUAGGCAGUGAUGUGACCUAAAUAGAUGAGAAAUAAGGAGAGGAUCAUGGCACCUAACCAACGUCAACGACAGCUCAUUUUGUCGAAGAAAGAAUUGAAAAAGAUCAAUGGAAGGAGAUUCUCGAAGCCAGAAGAGUCUUCCGGCGUGGGACUUGUUUAUCCUAGCUAUGAUACAGCUUUUAAAUUGCUGCUAUUGGCAAGGUUUUGCUCCGCUGUAUGGUGUCACAUAACAGACUGUGAUGAAACGUAUAAUUAUUGGGAACCAAGUCAUUACUUGCUCUACGGAACAGGCCAGCAAACGUGGGAGUACAGUCCUGAAUAUGCCUUACGUUCGUAUAUGUACUUACUACUUCAUAUGGUACCAGCAAAAAUUUAUAAUUACCUAUUGGAUCCAAAUCCCGCGCUAGUUUUCUACUUUACGCGAUGCUUCCUGUCUGUGGGUUGUACAUUGUCUGAAGUAUACUUUUACAAGAAUGUCUCUCGCGAAUUCGGGAUUCAUGUGGCGAGGCUUACUUUAGUAUUUCUUAUUCUCAGCUCGGGAAUGUAUAUCUCCAGUGCUGCAUUUCUACCAUCGUCUUUUUCGAUGUAUCUGAGUACUGUUGCUAUAGCAGCUUGGUAUGCUCGCCAAUAUGAAUUGGCUAUUUUUGCUACCGCUAUCUCUUCGUUACUUGGAUGGCCAUUCGCUGCACUGCUCGGACUUCCCAUCGCCGUUGAGAUGUUAAUACAUAAACGAGGCUGGGUGAAAUUCAUAAAGUGGGUCAUUAUAUCCGCCGUUGUAAUUGCGAUACCAAUGGUAUGGGUGGAUUCCUUGUACUUCGGCAAACUUGUCAUCGCGCCAUUGAACAUCAUAUUCUACAAUGUUUUCACCAGCCAUGGACCUAAUCUUUAUGGCACUGAGCCAUUCAGUUAUUACAUUAUCAAUGGGUUCUUGAAUUUCAAUUUCGUCUUUAUUGGCGCGUUGCUCGCACCCUUGGGCUUAUUUUUAGUAUGGCUAAUCGUACCGGCACGUCCAAGAGACCGUUCAUGUCUUUCUUACUGGUAUUCAUUGGCUCCCCUGUAUCUAUGGAUUCUGGUAUUCUUCCUUCAGCCACAUAAAGAGGAACGGUUCUUGUUUCCAGUGUACCCUAUGAUUUGUUUGGCAGGCGCUAUAGCGGUGGAUAUCGUACAGAAGUUAUACUUUUAUGUUAGAACGAAAUUCAAUCCAUCGCACAUCAGUUGCCAUUAUCUACAAUAUACAGUGCACAUUACCGUUCUAGCGAUGCUAACAUGUGGCCUCUUGGGAUUAUCAAGAUCGUUGGCGAUAUAUAAAGGAUAUUACGCUCCCAUGGAAAUUAUGACUGAAGUUAACAAACUGGGAACGGAAGGCGUGGUACCUAACGACGUUAAUAUAAACUUUUGUAUUGGAAAAGAAUGGCAUCGUUUCCCUAGUAGUUUUUUCUUUCCGUCCAACAAUUGGAAGUUACAAUACUUGAGAUCCGAAUUUAAAGGACAAUUACCUCAACCCUUCUUGGAUCAUGAAAACGCUACAAGUAUAAUCCAAGCACAUUUUAACGAUAUGAAUAAAGAAGAGUCAUCGCGCUAUAUUAAUCUAGAUAAAUGCCAUUUUCUAUUAGAUCUGGAUAUAGAAACUGAAACAGCCCUAGAACCAAAUUAUUCUCGCUUAAAUCAUCAUUUUACUAUUGUAAAAUCUUCUAAAUUCCUAGAUGCAUCAAAAUCGCAUCCAUUCUUCAGAGCUUUUUACAUUCCAUUUGUAUCUCAUAAGUUUUGUACAUAUGGUUCAUAUAAUUUAUUACAAAGUAAUAAGUUCAAAUCCAUUCUUUUGUCAUCAAACAGAAGAAUUCCAAGCUUUCUUAAGCAAAAUACAGAACUUGGCACUCAACAAGAUAUUGCAGUUGAUUUAAUGUAAAAAAAAUUAAAUCUGUUAUUUUAUAGAGCAUUUCUAAUAAUGCAUAUGUUUACUAAUAUAUAUGUAAUCAAUGUACAUAUUACACUGAAAAUAGUAACGCGUGUGUGUGUGUGUGUGAGACUCGUAAAAGUGACCAACUGAUAUUCGGUGAAUCCCAAGUUCAAAUUUCCGAUCAUCACAUAUGCCUUGCAAAAAAUAUACCCUGCGACUUUAUAUUUUUUAAGCCUGAUAGAGAUUUGGAGGAAAGGAGGAAGAACGGUCUUAUAGGCCCCAUACAGAACACCAAGCUAUAGGGUUGGCAAUGCAGCCUCGAAAACUAGCGAGAGUUCACAGAGGAACUUCUAGAUGACAUUAGAAACUUAAUAUCCCAUCUUUCAUUACUAUGUGUGCGCGCGUGCGUUUGUGUUUUACAGCACAAUUUUGUGUGAAAACGAUCGAUUCUGGAUUCAUAACACAACAUACAUUGUUCCGCAGAAAAUGUGUUGUCAUUCCACAACCGUAACCGAUCCUGAGAGGUCAUAAUAUGCGCGAACCAAAUUCAUAACAUAAAUUCGGACACAACAUAAACAAUUUUUUCUUAAUUCGUUCACGAUUUCAUAAACGUAAUUGUCAUUACCAUGUAAUGUGUAAAUUUACUUACUUUACUUUACUUUAUAACCAAUCAAAGUUUCCACCUGCAUCGAGCACACUUUUUCUCAACAUCAAUAACAUAUCCAAAAAUAAACACCAUUGUACUGAUGGCACUUGAAGUUUCUCCAUAAGAAUUGUUAUCAUCUCUAUAGUCGUAUUCGUCAUUGUGCUCUUAAGAAAUUUCUCUUCUCUGUCUGCCUCCAAUUUCAAAGCUUUAUGCCAAGCAUCAGGGCACUUGGCAUUGCCCUCACUGAGGAGUGAUAGAUAUACCUGAACAAUUUGUUUUCUACGAAAGUGUCUAUCAAAAUUUGGUACAUAUUUCUGGCAAUACACAGUACGAUACGUCAUUAGGGCAUCAUCUAUUUCUUGAGUAACUUUUUCUUUCAAUUGCGUUUCUAGUUUAUCAUCAAAACUUUCGAGACAAGUUGGAAGAUUUUUGAAAAGAUAUACCAAGAUUGAGCUUACAUGAACGCGUUCUUCCUCUAUUGACAUCCUGAUAGUUUAGAAAAGUCUAGAAAACCGUAUUUCUACAACAGACAAUUUUAUUUUAAUUCUAAUUCCAAUACAAAUUCAACGGAGAAUAUUACAUCAUUAUUAUUUACGGAUCCCUAAUAUCUCUAUAGGGCUCUAUGGACAAUCUCUCGAUGAAAUUUCUAUUAUUAUUGGACUGUCAAGAGCCAUCUCUAUUGAAAAUGGCAUCUUAUUUUAAUACUUUAAAUUAGAAUUUAAAAUUUCUAUUAACUUUUAUCAAGUGACGCAUGCAUUCUUUUGUCAAUAUUAAUAUUGAAUUACAAAUAUUUUAUUAUUCAACGAGUAGAAGAUUUGAUUACAUUAAAUUAAAAGAAGAAGACUCUCUAAAAUAACGACAACGGAUUAUACGUAGCUAUAAUAAACACUUUGCUACCAUAGUUUAUUAAUACUAAAGCAAAAACAGCUAAACUAUUAUAGUCUAUAUAAUAUUGGUUAUUUUUGCUUUUGCGUAAACUAUUCCACUGGUUAUAUCAAUCGUCGUUAAGUAGAUUGCGGUUUAAUUUUCAAGUGAUAAAAUACGCACGUGUAUAUCCCAUGUGCACGUGUCAGCCAGUGUCAGCACGUAUGGCCAUUGGCGCGUGUCUUGACGCGCCUCCCGGACAAAAAUAAACAUUCCACUAAAUAAACAUCCAACUACGUUUAUUACGUUCGGUAACAUGGUUCAGUGUCCGAACUAUUCGGACGGAAGAUAGUCAGAUGAUACACAUUUAUUUAUUAUUUAAUAAAAUUCCUCAAAUAUAGUAAUUUAAA